CUGAUCAAGGUGAUUAAUCCAGAUGAAGUUGAUAUCAUCUUAUUAAGAAGUGCUUGUUCCCUUAAUUGCUGAUGAAUGAAGCACUGAGAGAGCCCAUGGAGUCCACUUGGAGUUACGCUAAUGAUGAAGACAUUACUAAAGAGAAUAAAAGUGAAAUUGAUAAUAAAGUGGCAAAGAUCUUGAAACUUAUGAAGAGCAAUGAGCAGGAUAAGAAAGGUAGGAGCUCAGAAGAGUCGAGGAAAAGAUCAGAAGUUAUUGCACUCGUUCAUGAAUUUCACAAACAGUACCAGUCACUUUAUGCACAAUAUGAUCAUAUUCGAGGAGAGAUGGGGAAACGAACUCGAAGUAGGAAAGAAAAAGAAAAGGAAAAAGGGGAUUCUUCUUCUGCACCCAGCUCUGACUCGGAGUAUUACUCAUCUGAAGACAUCGAAAAUGAUGCUUUGAGGAAUAGGCAUAACAAGGCAUCAGACAUCGCUAAAAUAGAACUUGAAACUGCAAAUUUUGAGGCAGCUGGGCUGAUGCCUAUAUUGACCUCUGCAGCAGCAGAUAAGGAAUCUUUAAAUUCAAGAUAUAAGGCAGCUUUUGGUAAAUCACCAAGGGCGAGAAAGCGGGAACUUUCAAACCUUGUGAAGACACUUGAGCUUCAUGGGAAUCAAGCAUCAGCUCAUAUAAAGGAGUUAGAGGGGCAGUUAACUGUUCUGAGAACGGAGCUGGAAUCCUUACGCAGCCUGAAAAAUGAGCUUGAAGAGAAGAUUGAAGGAAAAGAAACUGAAGCUAGACAGCUUGGGGAGACAAAUGUUCAAUUAUGUGCACGGAUUUCGGAGCUUGAAUCGAUGUCAGAAGAUAAAGGAAAUGAAAUUUCUGCAGCGACAGAGAACGAGAAGAAUUUGACAUCUAGAAUUGAAGUCCUGAUGACUCAAGUUAACAGUCUACAACCGGAGAUGGAUUCUUUACGUGCUGAGAAAGCUGAACUGGAAGAAAGGAAAAGAAAUGAAGAAUCAGCUCAAGUCAAGGGCCUAAAGGACGAUCAAGCCAACAUCAUUGGGCAGGAAUUGGAAUCCCUUGGCAAGGAGAAAACUGUACCUCAACUUCAACUUGACGUGACAACAAAAGAAAUUACAGAAAUUCUGACUCAGAUAGAAACUCUAAAAGAGGAAAUAGCAAGAAAGAAUGUAUUUGAACAGGGAUUGCUAAAAGAGAAAGAAGGAUUUGUCGUGCAGAUGGAGGAUUUGAAAUUGAAAGUGAACUCUCUAAAUGACAAGAAUAAUGAACUAGAAGAGAUGAUCAGAAGUAGGAAUCGAGAAACAGAUGAGUUGAGGGAGGAAAAGGGCAGGCUGCAAGCUAGAAUUUCGGAAAUGGAGGGAAGCUUAAUGAAUAAAGGACAAGAACUUUCUAUGGUCAUGAAGAAAUGUGAGGACGAAGAGAAUGCAGCUUCUACACAGAUUUUGUCUCUAAAAGCACAGGUUAACAGCCUACAGCAGGAGCUGGAUUCCUUACAGAGUGAGAAGAGCACGUUGGACGCUCAAAAUGAUAGGCUAAUGCGAGACUCUGCACAUAGACAAAUGCAGGUGGAAAAUGAAAUUCUGAAUUUAACGAGCAAGAUUGAAGAACAACAGAAAAACCUGAAGGAAAAGGAAAAUACCAUAAAGAAGUUUACUGAAGAGCAAAAGCUAAUCAAUCAUCUUUCAAGGGAUUCCCAGAAAAAACGACUAGAAUCCCCCAAGUAUCGAUCAAUGGAUUCCGCCAAGUUAAGUCAUCAGGUUUUGGAAAGGAAGAUUGAUGAACUGGCAGAAAAGUUUCACAUGAAAAUGGAAAAUUAUAUUCGUCUCUUAUCUCAGAGAAUCCGAGUUGCAGAGCAAAUACACGCUGAAACCAAAGAAACUUACAAGAACGUAAUACAGAAGCUUGAGCAAGAAAAUAGAGAACUCAGCGGAAAGAAAGCGAUAUAUGAAGCUGAGCUGAGGAGGGUGAGGGAAAUGUUAUUGGAACCAGAAAGCAAUAUAUUGACAGGAUUGGAUUUGAUGAUCAGGAAAAUAGAUGAGGAAAAUGGUAACUUCUUGAACCGCAUUUCCAGAAUCUCAAAGGAGCUACAGUGUGCAAAGCAUUGGAUCACAGGAAAAAAUGAUGAGAUCAAGAAACUGAAACAGAAUGUGGAAAGUUUAACUUCUCAACUAGAGAAGGAAGAGAGAGAAAAUUUGCUAAAAGAGAAGGUAGAGAAGUUGGAUACUGCAGAAAUAAUCAGAGAAGGAUUAGAAGAGGAGAAGCCAAAUACUGCAGGCCAACUUGAGAGGCGUGUGGAGGAUUUAGAGCAGCAGCUGGAAGAAAGGGAUGAGAUUUUGUAUAAUCUUGGUGAGGAGAAGAGGGAGGCCAUUAGGCAGCUGUCUGUUUUGAUUGAUUAUCAUCGCCAUCGCUAUGAUCAUCUCAAAGAAGCAGUAUCAAAGAUGCCCAUUAAAUUCAAGAAACCAGCUUAACUAAGAGAAAUUAAUUUGCAGCCAUUUUCGGGGUAACAUAUACAUGCACUGAUUCCAUCAGUCUCUUUCACAAAUUGAUUAAUUCCCACUUGUAUACAUUUCUAUCAUCAUCCCACAAUAAACUAUAUAUCAUUUUGGGAUGUACUUUUUUAAUUUCUCUUUGUAUAAUUGUUAUUAGUGGAUAAUAUGUAAAUGUUUAAGACCUUUUCCUUUAAGAAUGAAAUUUCUAAAA